UGUUGAGCUAGCUUUAUUACCAGCACUCUAUUCAAUCCAAAUAUCUAAACUGAUAGAUGUAGAUGGUAAAAUCAAAAUAUUUGAGUGUCUAAAUAUUCAUGUUUCAUGAUGUUGAAAUUCUUUGCAUUUCUUAGCUUGCUUAGCUUGCUCAGCCAUGGAAUUGAAGCUACCAAAGAUCCAGUUGAGCUCUUGUGCCCAGGCACCAGUACUGUCACCCCAAACACCACUUACCAAGCCAACCUUGAUCUUGUCCUUUAUUCUCUACUCUCCAACGCUACAACCAAAAAUGGGUUCUACAAAUCCAGUGCGGGCCACAGACCCUCGGACAUCGUCUAUGGCAGUUUUCUCUGCAGAGGAGAUCUCACAACCGAAAAUUGCAAAUAUUGUGUGGCAAAUGCUACUAAAGAUAUGGCCCUUGGCUGCUCUGGGCACAAAGAAGCCAUCAUUUGGUACGACCACUGUAUGGUACGAUACUCCAACAACAAUUUCUUCUCCAUCAUGGAGCUGAAGCCUUCUGUUAUCAAGACGAAUGGAGAGAAUAUAUCACGCCCAGAUUUCAUAGUAAAACUGCGAGAUAUAAUGAAUCAGUUGGUUUCCUGGUUGGUCAGGCACUCUCAGUCAUCGGACAAGAAGUUUGCCACUAGGAAGGAUAAAUUUGCACUGUUUCAGUUGUUCAGCUCUGCGGAGUGCGUACCUGAUAUCUCUGCAUUUAAUUGUUCAGAGUGUUUGAGAAAAGCCAUUUCAUAUCUUCCAAGUUGCUGCAGUGGAAAAAUAGGGGGUAGGAUCUUACUUCCCAGUUGUUCCAUUCGGUACGAGACAUACUCUUUCUAUAGCAGCCCAGAAGCUCAUGGUCGCGCAGCUUUGUUGCGAAUCAUUGGUGCCGUUGCUUCUUCAGCUGUUGUUGCGAUGGUGGUUUUUGCUGUAGUUUACAGGUUCUUUAGAAGGAAAAGGUUGAAGAAGUCCAGCAGUAAAAUAGAUGAAAUAAUUGAUCGGAGUGAAUUUUCAAAUAUAGAAUCUCUGCAGUUUCGUUUGAGUGCAAUUAAAGCUGCGACCAAUAACUUCGAUAAUCGUAACAAGCUAGGUGAAGGGGGAUUUGGUUCUGUGUACAAGGGUACCCUUCCUAACGGACAGGAAAUAGCUGCCAAGAGGCUAUCUAAAUGCUCUGGGCAAGGUGCAGAGGAAUUUAAGAAUGAAAUUGAAUCAGUAACCAAGCUUCAACAUAGAAAUCUGGUAAGGUUGCUAGGACUCUGCUUUGAAGGAGAAGAAAAGAUACUUGUCUAUGAGUUUGUGCCCAACAGAAGCCUGGACUACUUUUUAUUUGAUGCUGUAAGGAAGGAUCAAUUGUAUUGGCCAAAACGAUACAAGAUUAUUGUGGGAAUUGCUCGAGGACUUCUUUACUUGCAUGAAGAUUCUCGGCUUAGAAUUAUACAUCGUGAUCUCAAGGCUAGCAAUGUAUUGUUGGAUGGUGACAUGAAUCCAAGAAUUUCAGAUUUUGGGACAGCAAGAAUAUUUGGUGUAGAUCAAAUUGAAGGAAGUACAAAUAGAAUUGUUGGAACAUAUGGCUACAUGUCUCCGGAAUAUGUAACAUUCGGAAACUUCUCAGUGAAAUCCGAUGUUUUCAGUUUUGGUGUCCUAAUUUUAGAGAUUAUAAGCAGCAAGAGAAACAGCAGUUCUAAAUCAGAAUCUGGUGAAGGCCUUCUAGAUAUUGCUUGGAGAUAUUGGAGAAAUGGAACACCUUUGAAAUUAAUGGAUCCAGCUUUAAAAGAAUCCUGUUCCAUAAAUGAAGUGAUCAGAGGUGUCCACAUCGGUCUGCUAUGUGUUCAAGAAGAUAUGGAAGAUCGACCAACAAUGGCAGCGGUAGUUGCUAUGCUCACUAGUGAUACUACCAGUCUACCUUUGCCUCGGCAACCUGCGUUCACCAAUUCUAGUGAUGUAGAGUCAUACAAGCCAUGUUCUACAAUCUCAGAUCAACUAAAUACUUGCUAGUCAAUUGUGUAUUUAUAUAUAGAUACUGCAAGUGAGCGUACGCUCAUUCCUCUGUCUAAUGAAAGGGUAAAUAGAAAUCUAAAGUGUGGCCCUUAGGGCAUUGGCUAAAUUGUACAAAUGUUAGAUUGAGCAGGAAUCAAAUAAUCUUAGGAUUGGUAUAUGCAUGAUGUUUUAAUGUGAUCGUCCUUGUUCUCAUUUGGGUUCA